AUGUCCUACAGAGAAUUGAGAAAUAUGGUGGAACAUUUGCGAGUCCUCGGUUAUCCACGACUUGUUUCCACGGAAAAUUUUCGAACUCCAAAUUUUAAAUUGAUUGCUGAAUUGUUAGAAUGGAUAGUACAUAGAUACGAUGCCCAAAUUUCUAUACCCCUUGUGAUUGAAACAGAAUUAGAACGAGCAUUUUUUAUAAAAUCAGCAACGUUCUAUAUUUUCCAGAAGGCUCGAAUAAAACUCAAUCCCAAGAAAUUAUACAUGGCAGAUGGAUAUGCAGUUCAAGAGCUCGCUGUUGUUGUACGAAAUUUAUAUGAAAUAACACGUCGUCCAAUUAACUUAGAUCAAAAUGCUACAAUUAGUUCAAUGAGAAAUAUUAUACAGAGCAAGAUAAGUUUACUUCGUGAUUCUCUUGGAGAAGAAUUACAGAAAUGUCGCCAGUUAGCGUUACAAAUUCCAAACCAUGGUGCAACACUGUAUGACCUACUAGCAAAAGAGGUCAUUGCAAGGACUGAGCGAAACAAAGCAUUAUCAUUCUCAUUAAGUUUAUCAGAUGGUGAAAAAGCUGUUUUGCAAGCUGUCCAAGCUAUACAGGAAGAAUUAGCUGUAAUAAAUAAGAAUUUGCAAAAUGUUAAUUCUGAUAAAGCAGCAUUGGAUGCCAAAAUUGAACGACGAAAAAAGGAAUAUGAUCAACAACUGAAACGUUUAGAUAAAUUACAGUCAUUUCGUCCUCAAUGUAUGAAUGAAUACGAGAAAUAUGAAAUGAAAUUGAAACAGUUAUAUGCCAUUUAUGUGUUGAAAUUUAGAAACGUAGCAUUUCUGCAAGAAUUACAGAAUGAAUUUGAACACGCAGAGCAAGAACGUAACGCAAAUGCUGAACAGAAUAUGCGCAAUAUGGUUGAGCGCAUGCGUGCACAAGAAUUGGUGCUUCGUGAAGCGCAGUAA